UCUCCUGCCCCGGCCCGCCAGCAUGAAGGUGUUCCGAAGGAAGGCGCUGGUGCUCUGCUUGGGCUAUGCGCUGCUCCUCCUCCUCACCAUGCUCAACCUGUUGGACUACAAGUGGCACAAGGGGCCGCAGCAGUGCAGCGAACCCUCCCUGGCCCGCCGCACUCCGUACCCGCAGCAGCUGCCUUAUUACGCCUCCCAGUCCCGCUCGGACACGCGUGCUCUCUACGGGCCCCCCGUGCCCCCCGCCCGCAAGCGGCAGCUGGUCUACGUUUUCACCACCUGGCGUUCGGGGUCGUCCUUCUUUGGGGAACUCUUCAACCAGAACCCGGAAGUCUUCUUUCUUUACGAGCCGGUGUGGCACGUCUGGCAGAAGCUGUAUCCGGGCGACGCCGUCUCCUUGCAGGGGGCGGCCAGGGACAUGCUGAGCUCCCUCUACCGCUGCGAUCUGUCCGUCUUCCAGCUCUAUAGCACGGCCGGGGCUGGCAAAAACCUCACCACCUUGGGCAUCUUUGGGGCGGCCACCAACAAGGUGAUUUGUUCGUUGCCGCUGUGCUCAGCCUACCGCAAGGACGUGGUCGGCAUGGUGGACGACAAGGUGUGCAAGAAGUGCCCGCCGCAACAGCUUGGCCUCUUCCAGGAAGAGUGCCUCAAGUACCACACCCUGGUCAUCAAAGGGGUGCGGGUCUUCGACCUGACGGUAUUGGCGCCCCUCAUGCAGGACCCUUCUCUGGCUCUCAAAGUCAUCCACCUGGUUCGGGACCCCAGAGCAGUGGCGAGCUCGAGGAUCAAAUCCCGUCACGGGCUCAUCCGUGAGAGCUUGCAGGUCGUGAGGAGCAGAGACCCCCGCAUCCACCGCAUGCCCUUCCUGGAUGCAGGGCACAAACUGAACAGCAAGAAGGAAGGUGGAGGUGGCUCGGACUACCACGCCUUAGGGGCCAUGGAGGUGAUCUGUAGCAGCAUGGCAAAGACCCUGCAGACUGCCUUGCACCCGCCCGACUGGCUCAAGGGCAAUUACAUGGCUAUCCGCUAUGAGGACCUGGUGGUGGAACCCAUCAAGACUUUACGGCAGGUGUACGGGUUUGUCAACCUGCUGGUGAGCCCCGAGAUGGAGAAGUUUGCCCUUAACAUGACCAGUGGGCCUGGGUACUCCUCCAAGCCCUUUGUCGUCUCUGCCAGGAAUGCUAGCCAGGCAGUGAAUGCCUGGAGGACAGCAUUGAGCUUUCAGCAGAUUAAGCAGGUAGAGGAGUACUGCCACCAGCCCAUGUCCAUCCUAGGGUAUGAGAGAGUCGGCAGCCCAGAAGAGGUGAAGGACCUCAGCAAAACCUUGCUCAGGAAGCCGAGGUUGUGAAGGGGCUGUG